GAUCGGUUUAUUUUUCGCUCAUGAGCAAAGUGGAAAAUUUCAAUUCUUUUCUCCAUCAACAAGAAAUACUCACAUUUCAUCCUGGUUCUUUCCUAAAACUGUUCAAACUGUUGUUUUCUUCUGUCAAUUUGUCCAUUUCUUCAAAUUUUUCGUCUUUUACUCAAUACAACUUGAAUUUCAAUAGAAAAGAAAAGAAAAUUUUUAUUUCCUUCCUCUUAUACAACAAUAUAUAACUAAUGGCGAGUUCAGAUAUUUAUAUACGUGAUUCAUCAACACGAUCGAGAACCGGUCGAUCAAUUUGUGAUUCAGUGGAAAGUUCAGUUUCCGAAGCACCUCCACCAUAUCAUCAGAUACCAAAUUCUUAUAGAUCACAUCAGAGAUUUUCUCGUGUACAAAAAAAUCUUUACUCAACCUCAUCACCAUAUCCACCAGAUAACAUUUACCAAGAAUUGGCGACACAAAAUUCAACAACUGGACCUUUAAUACCAUUACCAAGUCACGUUCAUCCGUCUCAACAUUUAGAGCCAAGUGAUGCACCACCACAAGUACUUUUUUCAACUUUAACCGGUAACGGAGGUGCCGUUGGCUCUGUGCUUUAUUCAACCCAUCAACACGGUUAUCCAAGAUCAGAUCAACACUCAUCGUCAACCUCAACGGCAAUAAGAGUAUCAAGGUUCAAUUUCAAUUGGAGUAAAGGUUGUUCGCCCUCCGAAAGGCAACCAUGUUAUUGGCGUUUAUCGACACUUUUUUUGGUACUAAUCUGCCUUACAUUACUUUCUAUUGUAGCAUAUAAACAAGUAGCAGAAUCAUCAAGAUACACUGACGAAAAUGCUAAACCUUGUAUAGUAAUUGAAGAAUCAGCAAAUCAAGAUAAAUCAUUAUCACCAUCAUCUUUUGGACAAUCAACUCAAAAAUCUCAUUUAACACCAUUAACAUUAAAUGGAACAACAUUUAAAGCCAAUCGUAUAUAUGAUUCACUUGGAAAUGGUCAACUAAAUAGUAAUAACAAUCAACAAUCAUCUUCCUCUUCUUCUACAUCCUUAUCAUCAGUUUCCUUUAAAGAAAAUGUUAAUUUGAUUAACAAAUCAUUAGAAUCAAUUUCCUUAAACGGAAAUCACAAUAAUCGAUCAGAAUUAAUUGGUACUGAUUAUUUUCCAUCAUCAACUCAUAGGAAGAACAGGAAAAAUGGACCUUGUUCAAUGGUUAAUCUUCCGCAAGAAAUUUAUCUUUACAAUGAAAUUAAAUCUAACGGUAAAUUCGUGCUAAUUACUGAAACAUUAUCUUCCCAUUUUGCUUUUACUUCGAGAAUUCAACAAAAUAAGUCGAUAUUUGCACGAUUCUCGUUUAUUGGACUUCCAAUUAGAUCUCGAUUUGCAUUAUUCUUACGUCGUAGUGAACCACCAACUUUGACCUCAUACGAUUAUAUGGAGAUAAUUACACCUAAAUCAACUGGUCAUUCUGACAGUAAUACACGAAAUUCUGGACAUUCUGUAGAAAGUAGUGACUUUAGUUCAGAAAUUUUAAAAUAUCUUGAAACUGGAACUUGGUAUUUGGUUAUUGUCAAUGACGGUGAAAUCGAGACUCCAAUUAAUUUGAAAAUCACUUUCGCCGAUGAUAUUUCAACAUCAUGUCAGAAUAACUGUAAUGGUCAUGGUAAAUGUCAACAAGGAAAAUGUUUCUGUUUCCCUGGAUUCAUUGGAGUUGAAUGCAGUGAUAGUGUUUGUCCAGUUCUAUGUAGUGGUCAUGGUCGAUAUCUUGGUGGAAGAUGUCAUUGUGAGAUUGGCUGGAAAGGACCAGAAUGUAAUAUACGUUCAUCUGAUUGUGAGAUUUCAGAUUGUAAUGGACACGGAAAGUGUACCAAUGGUGUUUGCAAUUGUCUACCUGGAUUCAAGGGUGAAAAUUGUGAAAUUGCUGAUUGUUUGGAACCAAAUUGCUCUAAACAUGGUGCAUGUAUCGAUGGUACCUGUUGGUGUAAAAUGGGCUGGAAGGGUGUUAAUUGUUCACAAAUUGACCAUAGAUUGAAUAAAUUUUUUCCUCAUUGUAAUUCCCGUGGUGUAUAUGAUUUAGAUUCAGAGAAAUGCUCGUGUUUCCCUGGAUGGUUAGGUGAUGAUUGUUCAAUUGCAAAGUGUAACCUUGACUGUGGUUCUCAUGGUCUAUGUGAGGGUGGAUCAUGUGUCUGUGAUUCAGGUUGGGAAGGUGCCAAUUGUGAAAGGCUUUCAUGUGAUGUAAGAUGCCUUGAACAUGGACAAUGUUCAAAUGGUACCUGUGUUUGUGUCGAUGGCUGGAUGGGUAAACAUUGUACCUUUAACGGGUGUGCAAAUGGUUGCUCAAAUCAUGGAAUAUGUGCCAAAGACAAUGAUGUAGAUCGUGAGUUUACCUGGAGAUGUAAUUGUAAUGAAGGUUGGACAGGUAAAGAUUGUUCUCAUCCAUCGGAGACAAAUUGUGCCGAUGAUGUUGAUAAUGAUCGCGAUGGACUAAUCGAUUGCGCUGAUUCUGAAUGUUGUUCAACGGAAGAAUGUAAAGAUUCCCUUAUGUGCCUACGAUCACCUGAUCCAUUGGACAUUUUACUUCGAAAAUCGCCUCCUUCGGUUACAGCUUCUUUCUAUCAGAAGAUGAAAUUUCUAAUUGAAGAAGGUUCCGUUCAAAGUUACGCUCAUCGAGACGAUUAUUCCGAAAGUCAAUUUUGGAGUGCAUUUAGCCAAAGUCGAGUCUCUGUAAUAAGAGGACAAGUAAUUACUCCCGAUGGUAAUGGACUCACCGGAAUCCGAAUCUCAGUUGCAACAGAUCCACAGUUUGGAUUUACCCUGACACGUCCUGAUGGAUGGUUUGAUAUUCUUGUCAAUGGUGGUAACAUGGUGACUCUUCAAUUCCAACGAAGUCCAUUUCAUCCGAUAAAACGGACAAUUAUGGUUCCAUGGAAUGAGAUUAUCGUCAUUCAGAAUCCAAUUGUAAUGUCUGCUCAUUCAGAUGAUUCCUAUUCGAGUGACCAUUCAUCCACUGAUUUAACAUCAUUGGUGGUUGGUAGUGGUGAUAUUAUUUCAAGUUCAAUUGAAUCAAAUAGAAGUCAAAGUUCAUUGAGAACUCAUUGCUGGGAUCAUGAAUAUAAUUUAAUGAAACCAAUUUUAUUUCAAACACUUAAACCUGAUGCUGAAGGUGGUUGUACUCAAUCUUCAGCAGUUAUAGCUGAAUCUCAGGUUCUUAUGGAAACCUUAUCCAUACCGGGUUCCUCCCUGAAACUUGUCUAUCAAUCAUCAUCUUCACCAGGUUAUUUGGCCACAAUUAACCUACAAUUAACUCCAGAUUCGAUACCUCGAAGCCUUAAAGUUGUUCAUUUACGAAUUGUUCUGGAGGGAAACCUUUUCUCUCGUGUAUUUGAUGCUGAAAAAGCAAUUAAAUACACUUUCUCAUGGAACAAGAGAAAUGUAUAUAAACAAAAAGUCUAUGGAUUAACAACAGCAAGAGUUUAUGCUGGUUAUCAGUAUGAAUCAUGUUCUCAUAUUAUUUGGAGUACACUGACCACUCAAAUUAGAGGAUUCGAUAUGGAAAUAUCUGAAUUAGCUUCAUGGAAUCUUGAUAUUCACCAUAGAUACAAUUAUCAUGAAGGAAUCUUGCAAAAAGGUGAUGGAUCUGUAAUAUUUUUCAAGCAACAGUCUAGAGUUGCAUCAACCCUUAUCGGUACUCGAGGUGAACCUCGUCCAGUCAUUUGUAAAGCUCGAGACUGUGAGGGUCAAGCAAAGACAAACAAACUACUCUCACCAAUAACCUUGACCUCAGGUCCUGAUGGGUCAGUUUAUGUUGGUGAUGCCAAUCUGGUUAGACGAAUCAAGCCCGAUGGUUAUGUUUAUACAAUAUUUAAACACUCGGAUAAAUCGGGUAAUCUAAGGGGAACGGUAACUCCAACAACCUACAAUUAUCAUAUUCAUUUAUCAUCUUAUGAUGGUCAUCUUUAUAUCGCUGACCCUGAGCGACAUCAAAUACUUCGUGUACAUACAGUUGAUCGUGUUGAUGAUCCAGAAUCAAAUUAUGAUGUUUUCGUUGGUUCAGGAGCUCGAUGUUUACCUCGUGAUACAACCGCUUGUGGUGAUGGUGGAUCGGCUCUUGAAGCAUCAUUAGUUUUCCCUAAGGGUAUGGCCUUUGGUCUUGAUGGUAGCCUUUAUUUUGCCGAUGGAUCAGCAAUUAGAAUAGUUAAUUAUAAAGGAAUUAUAUCAACGAUUAUCGGUGAUAAUCAUCACCAUCGAAAACGCCAAUGGAAACCAAUACCUUGCGGUGGAAGCCUUUCAGCUGAUGAGGUUAAACUUCGUUGGCCUACUGAGAUCGCUAUUCAUCCGAUUGAUGGGUCACUUUAUUUCCUUGAUGAUCAAAUGGUUUUCCAAUUAACACCUGAUCGACGGGUUCUAGUGGUCAUUGGAAGUCCAUCUUAUUGUGAUAAUAAACCUCAUUCUUUGGGUGAAACUUCAACCACAAAGCCUCCCGAUAGUGUAAUCAUCACAUUUGGAUUCAGUUCAACUGGUGAUUUAUAUGUUGCCUCGAUAGGUAAAGAUGGUUCUAAUACUGUCAAUUUAAUCAACAAGGACAGAGUUUACACCCAUUUCAUGGGACUGGAUAAAUCGAAGCGUAAUCUUGCCUUCUCAGGAAAACUUGACCCUUCGCUAGCAUCACAAUCGAUUGCAAGUACAAUCGGUUCAACUUUCUGUGAAAUUGAGACUUGUAAAGAUGUUGCUGCAAAUAACUGUACUUGUGCCAUACCCUCACCUCUUUCCUUGCCACAACCAUCAUCGUCUUCACCAUCAAACUCAUCACCAAUACAACCUCAGUUAUCGUCCACUUCUCGUCCAGCUCUUGCUCGUGACACACCCUUGGUCUCAAUUACUGCGAUGACCAUUACCAGUGAUGGUGUUGUCCAUGUUGCAGAUGAAGGGACCUACCAGAUAAUAUCAGCUGUUCCUUACAUCCCUGGUCCAGAUGAGUCUCUAUUAUUUACCAUAGCAUCUCCUGAGACCAAUGAGCUUUACCUGUUCAAUAAGUAUGGUCAACAUAUUAGCACUCGAAAUGCAUUAACUGGUCAAUCUUUACAUACCUUUUUGUAUGAUGUAAAUACUUCAUUUGGUAAAUUAACUGCGGUAACAGAUUCUUCUGGUUCUAAGGUAUCAUUUUUACGUGAUUCAAUUAACAGUUUACAUUCAGUUGAAACUGCGAUUGGUCAAAAAUGUCGAGUAACUGUUAACAAUCAAGGUCUUUUGGAAACAUUUAAUGAUCCAGAUAAUUUAACUAUACGAUUUACUUAUGAUUCGGUUACCGGUUUAUUGGUUUCACGUUCAGAUUCAUCGGGAUAUUGUUACUUUUAUCAAUAUUCCCCCGCUGGCCGAUUAUCUGGACUGGUCAAACCUUCUGGAUCACUGACCACCAUUACCUUUGAUUUUAAUCAUCAAGGUUCAUAUCUAAAAGCAAGAACCAAUUUACUUCAUUUAGAUUCAUCAAAAUCUACACUCAACUCUUAUGAUCAUGAUAAUUUAAUGGUUCAAAUAAUUCGUGAUUCAGCUUUAGUUUUACAUUCUGGUAAUCAAUUUAGGGUGACACUUCAUGAAGAUAAAUCAAUUGCACUGAUUACACCAUGGAGACAGGGUAUUUUCUGGGAAUCAUCACCACACAAGGUACUACUUCAAACUAUACCAGUUCAAGCGGGAAUGUUUCCAGUUCUCAAUCGGCAGGUCAAUUUUGCUCUGAAACCCUCGGCAUCACCUUUAUCGCCCUUUGACUUGACCCCUUCAAGUAUAAUACCAAGUCUCGCCUCGAUUAGUUGGGAUUAUAACUUUAAGGGAACAGGUCGAAAUGGUUCAAUUGUUAUGAACGGACUUUCAGGUCAAAUAAAUGGUGGAUCGUCAUCAUCAUCUACUUCACCUUCGAGCACUUCGAUCUCUACACUUGGAGGAAACAUUUUGACCAUUGAACGGGUUCUUUAUAUUAACGAUACUCAAUAUCUUUCACUGGAAUAUGAUCGUAAUGGUAAUCGUGAAAUUUUGUACAACAAUUCCCGUCGACCUUUCCUUUCUGUUCAAUACGAUAACUCAUCUAGACCCAUUCAGUGGUUACCCACAGAGACACGGUUACCCCUUAAUGUGAUCUAUGAUCGAUAUGGACGAUUAGCGGGCUGGCAACAAGGUUCAUCGGUAUCGGAGACUUUUCUUUAUGAUCGAAAUGGCCUUUUAGCGGAGAUUCGUUAUCCCGAUUCAACGUCAAUCAAAUAUGGUUACGAUGAGACUGGUCGAUCAAGACCUUCACGAAUAACCUUACGAAGUGGUAAACAGUAUCAUUACCAUUAUGAUGAACGAAGUGGACUCAAGAAAAUUGUCACACCUCGAAGAAAUGAACAUCGAACAACAUUAAUAAUCUCUCUUGGAUUCUAUAAGUUACUUUAUACUCCCCCAGGGUAUCCAAGAAAUUCAGCUUACACCCUGUACUUUGAUGAUAAUCUGAAACCUUUAAUGGAAAUUGCUCCAGAUGAUUCAUCUCGAAUCAUUUAUAUUUACAAUGAGAGAGAAAAAUUAACUGAAAUUGUCUAUGGUGGAGGUAAAGUUACUAAAGUUUACUCUCAACCAUGGAAAUCAGAAUCUAAAUCAUCUCGAUUAAAUCGACAUCGAAAUGACCUGAAAGAUGAAUCAACCAAUUCCAAUAGUGAUGGACUAUUGAUCAGUGAAACUUGGUCAGAGGGAGCAAAUGAAGUGACCCUUCAAUACACUUAUACUAAUUCAUUGAUCACCAAAAUUUCAUUGAAAUUAACGUCAACUUAUUCCCAUUUGUCCAAUUUUGAGUAUACUUAUGAAUACGAUGAAUUUGGCCGGAAAAGGGCGAUCGGUGCUCGAAUCAUUUCCUCAUCAGCCUUACCUUCCGUGGCAUUACCUGUCCACGAGACACUUUAUAAUAUGAAAACAGGUCGACUUGAGGUUAUUGGACAUUUUCGUGUUCACGAUCAUCACGAUUAUCAACAUCAUCAAAAUGAAUCUCUAAUUACCGAUGGUGUUGCUACAUUUUCAAAGAUUUACGAUUCAUCGACUCACCAGCUGAGACAAAUGUCGCUAACGGUAAAAGACAAAGAGGUCUAUCGAAUGGACCUUUUAUAUAAUCCAAAUGGAGCGAUAAUCACAACGAAAACUUUCAUGAGACAUUUGGGUGCAUCUAAAGUACGAGUUUCCAAUUACACUUAUGAUUAUGACGAGCAAUUAAUUGAAGUUUCAGGUCGCGAUCAGUGGAAAUUUACCUACGAUGAUAAUGGUAACCUGGUCACUCUUCAAUAUAUGGGUAAUAGAAUCGAUAUUGCCUACGAUUCGGGUGACCGGGUCAUCAGGUUCGGAGAUACUCCAUACACAACCGAUGGUAGAGGUUAUUUCAUCUCUAAAGGUGAAGAGCGUUUAGUUUACAAUACCGCUGGACUUUUACUUCAGGCCUAUCGAACGGGUCGAUAUGAUAUAAGUUACUUGUACGAUUCAAGGGGUCGAUUAACUAUUCGUAAAGACAAUUUUGGCAAUUUGACCCAAUACUUUUACGGUGACAUUGAAAGACCUUACCUGGUAACCCAUAUGUUCAAUAACGCUGAUGGUACGAUAACCUCAUUGGUUUAUGAUGAUAUCGGGAUUCCACUUUCCGUUCAGAUCAAUCAUCAAACCUUUUAUAUUACCUGUGAUCAGGUUGGUUCACCUUUACUCGUGUUUGACCAUAGGGGUGAUGUUAUCAAGGAGAUUCAUCGAGGGCCCUAUGGUCAUGUACUUUUUGACUCGAAUCCGACAUUUUAUCUGCCCGUUGGUUUCCAUGGUGGACUAACGGACCCAGUAACGGGAAUAAUUCAUUUCCAUGGUCAUUAUAUUUACGAUUCACUUAUCGGUCAAUGGUUAACACCCAAUUGGGCUGGAGUUUUAUCCAAUUUAAAAGAUCCUCUUGCACUUAAUUUAUAUCGAUUCUCGCAAAAUGACCCAGUUAAUCCUGAACCUGGAUUAGGUGAUGGAAGAUCAACCCGAUUAAAUUUAAAUCGUUGGAUUCAACAUCAAGGUAUAGAUCUUAGUGGUUUCGAUAUUGGUGGACAAAUGUUAAUCAAUCGAGGUUCAUCCAAUUCCCGACGCUCUAAUCAAGGUUUAAAUCUACAAUCAUCGACUCUUGCUCUUGGUCCACUUUCAUUUACUGACCAAGGUCCAAGUCAAUCACCUUUAACAUCUUCUAACCUUUAUUACAAUACCUUUGACGCUCUAUCUCAUGUUCCCAAUGUGAUCUUAUCGUCACUCGAACUGCCCACAGUACCGAUUCUUUCAGCAUUCUGGUGUUCAGUUCAACGGAAUACCAGAAACUUUGCAACCUUUUCAUUCAUGCGAAAAUCAAAGAUAAAAUCAGAGGAAUUACUUGAAAAUGGACGAAUAACCAAAAUGUCCACUGAAAGUCGACCAUUUGGUUAUGGAAUUACUUUGUAUUCGAUUGAUGGUAAAACUAUUGUCAUGGGUUCUUCCGAUUCUGAUCCAAUUCGUCGAGAUGUUUAUACCAAAGUUUUCAACAAUUCUCACCUUCUAGAUGUCCAUCUAAUCUUUAAGGGUCAAGAUGCUUUCUAUUUUGUUAAGCCUAAUCAUUGGAAGGCUCGAGAUGAUCAAAUUCAACUACAACGAUUAGGUAAUCUAAUCAAUGUUACCUUUAGUGAUCAGAUUAAGGAUGAUCAUGGAGGAUCAACAGACUCCUCUAAAAGUGGACACAAGAAUGGUCAUCAGGCUGAUAUUCGGAUUCAUACAAAAGGAGCGAUUCUCAACAUUCGCUAUGGUACAACCGUUGAACGAGAGCGAAAUCGUAUCUUGAGACAUGCAAAGAAACACGCGAUCAACGAACGCUGGUCAAGAGAGGUUGACCUUACUCGCGCUAAUCGAUUCAUCGAGUCAAAUAGUAAUAAUAAUAAAGAUAAUGAAAAGUACUUCCAUCAUCAUCAUCAUCACCCUUGGAAUGAAACUGAGAAAGAAUUACUUCUUAAUACUGGUUCGGUUGCUGGAUAUCGAGGUGAAUAUUAUCAUUCGGUGGUUCGAUAUCCACAAUUAGCUGAUGAUCCAAAUAACAUUUACUUCACUAAUCGACCCAAUAAAGUUAAUUAAUCAUGAUAAAAGUUUAGUAAAUGCGAAGAAGGAAAGAAAAAGCAAAACAAAACAAUCAAUUUGCUGAAUAGAUGAUUAGUUUUAUUUUUCCAAUUCCAUCCAAAAUCAAUAACAUAAUCAAUCAAAACCACAAAUUGAAUCACACACACACACACUCAAAAUCAAACAAUCAACGGAAUUGAAAGGAAAUUUGUUUUAAUCAAAUGAGCUUGUAUCAACUUUUUCUAAAUUUAAUUUCUUUCUCUUUUCCUCUUGUCAAUCAUAAAUAUCUAAUUGUUCAAAUGAUUACACAAUUAAUGUAAUAUAAAGUUUUAAAUUUCUGCCUGAUGGACCCAUAAAAAUGGAGGAUAAACCAAUUGAAACAAUUGAUUCUUGAUAAUGAUUAACAGCAAUUCUGUGAUAAUUGACUCUUCUUUUUUUAUAUUAAAUUAUAAUUAUAUUGUAAAUAAGUGUACAAAUAAUAAUAAUGAUAGUAAACAAUUCAAUCAAAUCAUUUGAAACCCUUUUAUGUAAUAACAACAAUUAACUAACUACAUAAAUAAACUCCAAUGAUAAUCUAAAAGAAAA